CGUUUUUCUGCAUUUUGAAAAUGCAGGCAGGCUUUUUGUGACCUCGUACAGGCUACACGUGCACCACAACUGAAGCUCUGCAGCAGCUUUCAGCAAUAAUUUGCAAUGGACCAAGACUCACACUGCACGGCAGAAGAGGGACUGUUGGAAGCUGUAAGCAGAAUGACCCCAUUUUCUACCACAAGCCCAACUGAUGAAGAACAAAAUCAACCCAAAGCUGGAAUUUCAUCUAAAGUGAGAAAAGAAAAGCCACAAAAAGAUGACCUUCAAGGUUCCAGUUCAUCCUUAAGUCCCAACUCUUCAAUGACCACUAAGGAGCUUCAGGAAUAUUGGAGGAAUGAAAAACGCCAGUGCAGACAAGUCCAACUCCUUUUUGAAAUCCCAUCCACCAGAAUUGUAGAGCACCACUUACCUAAAUAUGUGAUGUAUAAAAUCAUCGUUUUACAAACAGGAAGUUUUGACAGCAACAAAUCUGUAAUUGAACGGCGUUAUUCAGAUUUUGAGAAGCUGCACAGAAAUCUGCUGGAAGAGUUUAGUGAAGAAAUGGAAGAUGUGAGUUUUCCCAAAAAAACUCUAACAGGGAACUUCACAGAAGAAAUAAUCAAUGAGAGAAAAUUAGCCUUCAAGGACUACUUGAGACUUCUAUAUUCUAUGAAAUAUAUCCGAAGAUCAAAAAAAUUCAUUGACUUUUUAACAAGGCCAGAGCUUCAGGAAGCAUAUGGCUGCCUGCGGGGUGGCCAGUACACCAAAGCUCUGGAAAUCCUUUUAGAAGUCAUUGGUCUGCAGGAAAGGCUGACAAGGCACAACCCUGUCUCCAUUGUCCCAACUCUCUGUGCUAUCGUGGUGUGCCACAAGGACCUGGAAAACCCAGCAAGUGCCUUUGAAUAUGGAGAAAAAGCUCUGUCACGCCUUCAUGUGCAUACCAGCCACAGGUAUUAUAUCCCAUUGUUAGAAACAAUGAUCGCUUUGGCAUAUGAACUUGGCAAGGAUUUUCUGUCUUUGCAAGAAAAACUGGAAGAAUGGAAGGCAAAGAAAGAUCCCGUACGGGUUUUUACCCUGAAAGAACUCGCAGUUCGGGAGUACGUACAAUGAAUAUAAGAAACCAUUUCCUUAAAGAGCAAAGCUGUUAGAUCUUUUUCCCAAACACAAACUCUUGAAAGAGUAAGAACUGGAAGUCACCUUUCAUGUUCAAAAGGGACAUAAAGAUUAAUGUUGGAAAAUAUAUUUAGUCUACAGAUAUGAGGAGCACCUAAGCUAUUAAGGUUUUGGAAAUAAAUUUGCAACAAAAAAAGUCUUCUAUGAUUUGCUUAUUUUGAACAUAACCUAUUUUGUGUGAAAAGUCAGAAUAGGAAAAUACAAAGAGUAAUGCAUGUAAGAAUCUGCAGAAUCAAAGGCAUUGCUUGCUCAUGCAUAGCUACUUCCUUUCACUGAUACAA